GCUACUUCUCAGGUGCAAGACAGCCACUUUGCCCUCUGAAUCUCUGGGCCAAGGGUUAUCCUAAUAGUGGAGAGAUGGCACCCGUCGGGGGGAAAAGGGUGAAGAAGGGCAUUUUAGAACGCCUGAAUAGUGGAGAGGUUGUGAUUGGCGAUGGAAGUUUUGUCUUUACCCUUGAGAAGAGGGGGUAUGUGAAAGCUGGACGCUGGACCCCAGAAGCAGCUGUAGAGUACCCAGAAGCAGUACGUCAACUUCAUACAGAGUAUCUGAGAGCGGGAUCUAAUGUCAUGCAGACCUUUACCUUUUUUGCUGGCAAGGACAAUUUGGAAAGCAAGUGGAAAGAUGUAAAUGAAGCUGCCUGUGACCUUGCCAGGGAAGUGGCUGAAAAGGGGGAUGCUUUGGUAGCAGGAGGAAUCAGUGAAACAUCAUUGUACAAAAGCCAUAAGGAUAAACUUGAAAUUAAAGAAAUUUUUCAACAACAACUGGAGGUUUUUACCAGAAAGAAUGUGGACUUCCUGAUUGCUGAGUAUUUUGAGUAUUGCAAAGAAGCUGUGUGGGCUGUUGAAGUCUUAAAAGAGUCUGGGAAGCCAGUGGCAGCUACCAUGUGCAUUGGUCCAGAGGGAGAUAUGAAUAAUCUAACACCUGGAGAAUGUGCAGUUCGACUGGUCAAAGCAGGAGCUUCCAUUGUUGGUGUGAAUUGCCGCUUUGGACCAGAGAUCAGCUUGGCCACUGUGAAGCUAAUGAAAGAGAGCCUAGAGGCUUCUGGCCUAAAAGCUUACUUGAUGGUGCAGUCGCUGGGGUUCCACACACCCGACUGUGGCAAGGGGGGCUUUGUGGACCUCCCGCAGUACCCUUUCGGUCUGGAACCCAGACUUGCUACCAGAUGGGAUAUUCAAAAAUAUGCCAGGGAAGCCUACAACUUGGGUGUCAGGUACAUCGGGGGCUGCUGCGGAUUCGAGCCUUAUCACAUCAGAGCGAUUGCAGAGGAGCUGGCUCCUGAAAGGGGCUUCCUGCCUGAUGCUUCUGAAAAACAUGGCAGUUGGGGGAGUGGUUUGAGCAUGCACACCAAGCCCUGGAUUAGAGCAAGGGCACAGAAGGAGUACUGGAAGAAUCUGUUACCAGCUUCAGGAAGGCCACACUGUCCUUCUUUGUCAAAGCCAGAUGCCUGAGGACGCUGAAGGAAUAGCUGAGUUUAAAUAGCAGCAAGAGGUCCUGGCUAAGUGUCCUCUCCUCCGUGAAGCCUUCCCUGUCUAGUCCAGUCCAAAUGAAUUGAAAUUAGCCUUUGUGGUCAGGACCACAAGGUUUGGGGUCCUUUGUUAUUCUCUAAUUGUUCAAAAGGCCUAACAAAUUUGUCCUGAGUCAAGGAGACAAAAUAAUUUGCUAAAAAUCCUGAAUUAAAAAGUACUUACCAAUGGUGAAA